AUGAGCGCCCACAAGGAUACGAUCACUUUGUCGGAGGAGCAGAACGGCGGAAGUGCUCAUCAGUAUGAAGAAAAGGAGAUCGACGAGCCAGGAGUUGUUCCGGCAAGAUAUCGAGGGACUGCACAUGACAAAAAGGAAAUGAGCGUGAUGGGGAAACAACAAGUACUUCGGCGGAAUUUCAAGUUCGUGACAAUGGUGGGAUUUGCAAGCACAGUCAUGGCUAGUUGGGAAAUCUUACUUCCGCUGUUUACAUUCGUCUUGACCGAUGGUGGUCCAGCUUUGCUUUUCUGGGGCUUCAUAGCGGUCGCCUCUGGGCAGCUCUUGGUCUAUGCAAGCAUAGCGGAGGUGGCUUCGAUGUCUCCAACGGCGGGUGGCCAAUAUCACUGGGUAUCAGAAUUUGCACCACCAAGGAUACAAAAGCUUCUGAGCUACCUCGUUGGUUGGCUGUCUGCAAUUGGAUGGCAAGUGUACCUCGCAGGUGUCGCCUUUAUGGUCGGCGGCGUUAUACAAGGCCUCAUUGCCUUGAAUGUUGAAGACUAUGUGUGGCAUAACUGGCACGGCACUCUACUAUCAAUUGCCGCCAUUUUGUUCUCAAUAAUCUUCAACACUGCUCUGGCAGUCCAACUACCAAUGAUAGAAGGGGUCGUCUUAAUUCUUCAUCUUGCCGGCUUCUUCGCCAUCAUCAUCCCUUUGUGGGUCAUGGCCCCUCGCGCAACUGCGCAUGACACAUUACUCGUGUUCCAGAAUAAUGGAGGAUGGUCAAGCACAGGUCUGUCUUGCAUGAUUGGCCUGACAACACCACUGAGUGUGCUCAUUGGUUACGAUUGCUCAGUUCACAUGUCUGAGGAGACUCGAGAUGCAUCAAUCACUCUACCAAAAGCCAUCAUGUGGUCAGUAGGCGUGAAUGCCACAUUAGGGUUUCUGAUGGCCGUCACAUUGAUUUUCACCCUUGGAGAUAUCGACAGCCUUUUUGAAUCGGUGACCCGACAGCCCUUCAUCCAACAGUUCUACAAUUCUACGCAAAGCUACGGGGCGACCAAUACUAUGACCGCAAUAGUAAUCAUACUCCUUGCAGCAUGCUGCGUCAGUGAGGUGGCCACGGCUUCUCGACAGAUCUGGUCAUUCGCACGAGAUCGAGGAUUACCAGGAUCGCGUUGGUUGUCACAGGUCUCUCCUGGCUGGAAUAUUCCCCUUCGCGCUGUCUCAGUCUCAGUUGUUGUGACUUCGCUGCUAGCAUGCAUCAAUCUUGGCUCUUCUGUCGCCUUGAACGCUAUUAAUUCCCUGGGCGGAGUCUCCAUUCUCACCUCAUACUACAUCACAAUCGGCUGCUUGGUCUGGAGACGACUCAAAGGACCACCUCUACCCCCAAGGCGUUGGUCGCUCGGAAGAUAUGGCCUCAUCGUCAAUAUUGCAGCACUGUUGUUCCUGACCCCUUUGUGGUUCUUUGCUUUCUGGCCGCUGGCAACACCAGUCACUGCUGAAACCAUGAACUGGUCCUCUACAAUGUUCGGCGGUACACUCAUCUUUGCGAUGAUAUAUUACGUGGUCAAGGCAAGGCAUGAAUAUACCGGUCCUGUUCUACAAGUUAAACGCGACCUCUAA